AUGGGUCCCUCCGGAAGACGAACUUCGGCCUUGAAGGAGUCGCUGCACGCUUCCCCGGAUGGCCGUCGUAUCUCAGCCCAUCCUGAGGACGAAGGCGAAAGCGUCUCAGCUUCACACCGGCGGCUUCGCGAGCAUCCCGCCCACAAAUCUCAUGCCGCGCUCGACACCCAUAAAGCGAGUACGGGCGUGAUUUGGACGACAGAACAAGCUCAAAAGCACGGGUUCUCUGAUGAGCCGGAGAAAUGGGCGAAUCUGGGUCAAGGCGCUCCAGAAGUCGGUGACAUUGAUGGUUGUUUCCCUCGGCCCAAGUCCAUUCCCUUGAACGACAACUCAGGAGAAUAUGGCCCGACAGCCGGCAUCAAGUCUCUGCGGACCGCAGUGGCGAACCUUUAUAACCACGACUACCGACAAGGAAAGGAGAGCCAGUACACAUGGGAGAAUGUUUGUAUCGUGCCGGGUGGUAGAGCUGGCUUGAUCAGAAUCGCUGCCGUGCUGGGCAAUGCGUAUCUCGCCUACUUUACCCCCGAUUAUUCAGUAUAUGAGCAGGCGAGUAUUUCGAUGUUGGGCUUGUUCCGGAGUUUUGUUGCCAUCCCUACUCCGCUGUCCGCUGCUGAUGGAUACCAUGUCCAUGCCGAUAAGAUCAGGGAAGAACUCGCAAGAGGGACAUCGGUGAUCUUGACCUCAAACCCUCGCAACCCGACCGGCCACGCCCUGCAUCCCGAAGAACUCUCCUUGAUCCAGGAUAUCUGCCGCGAUAAGGCGACCUUGAUCUUCGACGAAUUCUAUUCCGGCUACCGUUAUGACACAGACUGCGACGGGAGCACUAUUUCAGCGGCGUCCAACGUUAUUGAUGUCGACCGCGAUGAUGUGCUCCUGAUCGAUGGCCUGACCAAGCGCUUCAGGCUACCAGGCUGGAGGGUCGCAUGGAUUGUGGGACCCAAGGAUUUUAUCAAAGCCCUCAGCUCAAGCGGGAGUUAUCUCGACGGCGGCUGCAAUGUGCCCUUUCAGGAGGCCGCGGUUUCGAUGCUCGAGCCCGCACUGGUUAGAAAAGAGAUGGCGGCAUUGCAGAGCCACUUCAAAGCGAAACGCGACUACGUCCUCAAGCGACUCGGCGAAAUCGGGUUCAGACUAGGCGAUCAGGAGAUCCCCGAGUCUACGUUCUACAUCUGGCUGAGCUUGGAAAAGUUGGAGCCUCCGUUGCCGAAGAACUCGCCAAUCGACAUCAGCAACGGGUUGGCUUUCUUCGAUGCUUUGCUCAAAGAGAAGACGAUUGUCGUGCCGGGCAUCUUCUUUGACCUCAAUCCAGCAAAGCGGCGCGACCUGUUCGACAGUCCCUGUCAUCAUUUCGUCCGAAUCAGCUAUGGGCCGACAAUGGAGCGAUUGCAGAUGGGUCUCGACGGUAUCGAGAGGGUCGUCAAACGCGCUAGAGGCGAAUUUGGACAUUCCGACAGUGCGGUUGACGAUGAACCCGAUCAGAAGAGCAACCAAAGACCUGUUCAGUCUUCAAAAUCGCAGGCAAACAGCGGCAUAACGGUCAAGGGGAACGCCACGAGUAAGGACGACAUCCGGGACGACCAAAUGAAACAUAACCGACAUAUUACAGAUGAUACUAGAGGUUCUAGCGAUGAUACAUUUAAAGUUACAGGCUCUGGACCCAUCCGACCGAUCAUGGCCUCUUCAACGCCUUAUCGAAGAUUCACACUAGAUAGCGAUUUGCCAUAA